AUAUCCAUGCAAAGUUGAAGGGUUGAUUAGUUUUAACCCCAACAAUGGAUUUAUAAGCACUACUAGUAGUGAACUUGCCAUUAGGAGUCUUGCUCCAGUACAUGAUGUCCUCCUUGUUAGGAUUGGUAUGAGCAAAUGUAUAUCUAAUGCAUUGGAGGAGAUGCUGGGGAAGCUCAAAAUAGAUACUGGAGAGAUUCUAGCCAGUAGGAGAGAGCAUAGUGUCAACAGUGAGAUUCUCUCCAUUCUCAGGAAGGGGCCCUGGAUGAGAUCCCUAAUAGGCUGCAUGUGGGGGGAUCCAUCUAUCAGAUAAGAACCUAGCUUUGUUUCCCUUAUUCAUAUGACAAUUGACCCCCUUAGAGCACCCUCUCCACCCUGUUGGAUGUUCUUCCAGGUUCUAGAGAUAGUCGUAUUAGUACAGGGUGAUCUACAAGUCCUUUGGAAUUUAGUGGUGAGGAUUCUUCCCCAGAGGGAGGAUGGAUUGUUGGCCAACCUCCAAGCCAAGCUGGCAUAAAGUGCCUUGUUUCUUAGAUCAGCUUUCUGGAGCCCAAGGCCCCCAUUGUUCUUGCAUUUUAUUAGGGUGUCCAAGAUAAAAAAGUGGGUCUUUUUUUUUCCAUUUUUAGAUCCCCAGAUGAAGUCCCUUUGAAUUUUAUCAAUAGUGUUGAGGACUUUGAUGGGGAUUUUGAUGUACUGCAUUAUGUGAGUAGGCAUGCUGCUUAGGGUAGCUUUAGCGAGGACAGUUCUGCCAGUCAUGUUGAGGAGCUUGAUUUUCUAACCAGCAAGUUUACUGGCCAUGUUAUCAAUGAUGAAUUGAAAAUAAACAUUUAUAGGAGUUUUGUGGAAGAUGGAAAAGUCAAGGUAUUUACCAAACUCAGUGCUCUUAUCUAUGCCCAGUACAUUAGAGCAAUUCAAAGCAUUAUGGCUUGAUUUAUUAAUGGAAAAGAAGGCCCUGAAUUUGGCUUUGUUAAUUUUCUGGCCGGAGGCUGCACUAAAGUUGGAGAUGGUUGAGAGGAUAGCAUUGCAGUUGGCUCUAUCAUCUCUAGCAAACAAUGUGAGGUUAUCUGCAAAGAACAGGGCUCUUCUGCAGCAGAUGGGGAACCUGCUGGUCCUCCAUGAAGACAGGAGCACAAAUGCUGUUGCGGACAGGCUAGCUAAGGAGGGCAAUAAGUUAGCUCAGGACUCUUUUUGUGAAGAAUGGGUAGUUCCACCAAUGUUUAUUCGUAAGGAGUUGGAAUUAGACAAGGAGGGAACUACACUUGUAGGGCAAUAUAUGUCUUUAUCUAUGGAUAUUUGUAUUUGUAGUGCUAGGAAAGAACUUUCUCCGGCUAGACUUGUGCUGACUAUCUGUACUAAUGACUAACUUUUAGUAGUAAUGAA